CUCGCGCUCGCGGGCGGCGUCAGCGGCGCGGUGAAGCUGUACUCCGUCGCGGACGGCGACGACCUCGGCGCGUGCGUCGCGACGAUGCCGCUGCCGAGAGCGACGGGAGGAGGCGACGGCGGGAAAGGGGCGGCGGGUGGGGGAUCGUCGCGAUUCGCGCAUUCGAUCGCUUUUUCGCCCGACGGUAGACGCGUCGUGUGCGGCGCCAUGGACGGCACGGUGGCCGUCUUCGACGUCCCCUCGAGGAAGCUUCUGCACACGCUCGAAGGCCACGCGAUGCCGGUCCGAGGCGUGUGCUUCAGCGUCGACUCGAAGACGGCGUUCACCGCGUGCGACGACGGAUACGUCCACGCCUACGACGUCGAGACGAGGUCGCUGACGCAAUCGUUCCCGGGGCACGACGCGUGGGCGCUGAGCGUCGCCGCGAGCCCGUGCGGCCGCGCCGUCGUCAGCUGCGGCGCGGACGGCACCGUGAAGCUGUGGGAUCUCACGCAGGGUCUGGGUGUGGGGGGGAAGAUGGCGCAGAGCGUGUCGGACGUGUCGGACGCGACGUGGGGCGCGUGUUUCAAGCCGGGGACCGGAGGCGGAGGCGGGGGGCGGCUGGCCGCCGUCGGCGACGACGCGUCGGUGUGCCUAUACGACUUCACCGCGUGA